UUAAAAAUGAGUUUUUCCGCUAAUGGCGGCUCGGCCAGUGGGUAUUCAGUGGCUGAAGCCUUUUUGGAGUCAUAUAAGAUGUUGGUUGAACAAGAGAGGAAAGAGUACUUGGAUAUACAGAGAUCUCAGGAGGGGUAUUUAGAGCAAGAGCAAAGGCUUAGAGAGGUUUUUAGAAGCUGGAGGCUGGUAGUGGAGAGAGUGAAGAGACAUAGGGAUAAAUAGGAAUAAUGCUUAUAAGAAGCACAGAAGUUUCUUAAAGCUUAUCCUUAAAACAUGGAAAUCAAUAGCUCAGAAAAAUAAAUCUAAAACACAUUACCGGACUCAAGAUCAUAUUCCAGACCCAAAAAACAUCUUCAAACCCCCAUAUCUAGACUCCCAACCUCAAAAACAGUCAAAACCUAAAAACUAUUCCACUCAUACCCCUUAUCCAUAAUAACCCAUAUUUCAA